UAAAAAGAAUAUUCCCCAAUUCUUAAUUCAACGCAACACUCUCACUUUCCCCAUUCUCCUUCCACUGGAGCUGCGAUCCUCUGCAUCAAUGGCCACCGUGCAACUCCAAUCCCUAACCCUCAUUCGCUCCUCCGCACUCCCUUCCGCCACCUUCUCUCCUCCCAUCGCCGUCACCGGCCGCCGUAACUCAUCCGCGUUGCCGCGCUUCUCCGGCCUCAGGCUUCGACCCUCCGCCGAGACCGGUUUUCCGACACGCCCCGGCUCGAGAACCGCUCCUCGCGGUGGACGCAUCGCGUGCGAGGCACGAGACACCGCCGUUGAAGUGGCUCCUAUUACUGAUGCAAAUUGGCAACCACUCGUGCUUGAAUCUGAGUCUCCUGUAUUGGUUGAAUUCUGGGCUCCAUGGUGUGGUCCCUGCCGUAUGAUCCACCCAAUAAUCGACGAGCUGGCAAAGGAAUAUGCUGGUAAGCUGAAGUGUUACAAACUCAAUACUGAUGAGAGCCCUUCAACUGCUACUCGAUAUGGCAUUCGAAGUAUCCCAACUGUGAUUUUUUUCAAGAAUGGUGAGAAGAAAGAUACAGUUAUUGGUGCUGUGCCGAAGACUACAUUGACCUCAAGCAUAGAAAAAUUAUUGUGAGAUUGUAAGCAAAGGCUUCAGCUGGAAGUAAAGCUAUUUUUCUCGUUAGCUUCCUCUCACCUAAGCCAAAUAUAUCAAAAAGUUUGGAUGAUUUGUUUAUCUAAUAACCAUUUAUGGUCCUGUAUGGUUAUGGAUGCAACCAUACUUUGGACCAAUAUGUGAAGUAAAUUUACCAUCAUUAUUAUAGUUAUCAAUAUGUGAAGUAAAUUUACCAACUAUUAUUGCCCGAUUUAAAUAUUUUACAUCUUUGCCUACUGUUUA